AUGAAUCCACUAUUACGCUAUCGGAAUGAUUUGAUUGAACAAGAGAACGCGAAGCGCCAAAGCGAGACGAAGCAACUAAAACUUGAAGACGAGCUCUUGGAGGAUCGCAAAAAACGCGAGGAGGCAGCCAGAAAAAUCCAACGAGCCUGGCGUAACCAACAUGUCAGUCGCGAAUUCAGAGAGCUGAGAAAUUCAGCGAAUCCACCGUUGCCAGUCGUCAGACGAUUCAUCAAGACGCUAGUGAACACAAAGGAGGAUGCUGAAGAAGAAACA